GGUUGAGGGAGAGACGCGCAGAGCUGUGGAGGAGGAGAGGGGAGAGGGAGACUCUGCGGCCGGACUGAGCACCGCCUGGCUCCGAGCUGCUUCGCCCCAGACACGAGACUGCGCAGGACAAAGCUCGCUGUCCCUGUGCGCUGUAAUGCGCUGAGGAGCUCGUGUGUCGCUGGACAGAAUGAUUUGUCUGAUGGGAGCUCAGUGGCUUCUCGCCUCGGCCCCGGGGAGCACUCACCCGCGCGCCUCUCCUCCGCGCUGCUGCGUUCAGGGCUCUGUCCGUAGAGUCAUUACAUAACCUGGCGUCUUGGUGGAGGCUUUUGGACUAGAAUAGGAUUUGUCUGUGUGUUCUGUGGCCGGAUGAGCGCUGCUGGUGUAGUUUUGGAUACGCUCUGCUCGUGCUGUCGUGGACUGAGGGUGGAAACCUGAGUCCAGCUGUGAUGAGACUGAAGCAUCUGGAAAGGAUAACUCCCCCUUCAGAGGACCACAGCCCAGCCAUGUCUUUUACUGUGUGUUUUAUUCAUAAGUGCCAAACUGCUUGGAUUAUCCUGCGUUAGAUUGGUCUCAUUUUGACUCCCAGAUUAGCUCUUACGGUCCCGUGCCAGCUAUGCGCUGAGGAUGUGCGCUGCCAGGUUCAGUAACUGUCUGAACGGCUGUGCAGAGGAGACCGGGGCCACAGGGGCGGCUGGUGGAUCUGCGUGUCCGCUCAUGGCCUCCAGGAUGCUGGACUGGACUGAGGCUGGCUCCCGCAUCCUCCAUAGUCUGGAGAUGGGCACAGUCAUGACCCUCUUCUACCAGAAGAAGUCUCAGCGCCCUGAGAGGAGGACUUUCCAGAUCAAGCAGGACACGAGACAGAUUGUGUGGAGCCGGAACCCAGACAAAAUAGAAGGAGAAAUUGACAUCCGAGAAAUCCGGGAGCUGCGGUUGGGAAAGGGAUCCCGGGAUUUCGAGCGCUACCCAGAGGAGGCUCGUAAACUGGACUCCUCCCACUGCUUCAUUGUGCUGUACGGUUUGGAGUUUCGCCUGCGCACGCUCAGUGUCGCUGCCUUCAGUGAAGAAGAAGUGAACAUGUGGAUCACGGGUCUAAACUGGCUCAUGAGUGACACUCAGAGGGCUCCAGCUCCACAGCAGACAGACAGGUGGCUGAGGAAGCAGUUUGAGAUGAUGGACAGGAAUCGUGAAGGCAGCAUCACAGUGAAGGAUGUGAAGACUCUCCUGCCUCAGAUUAACUACAGAGUCCCCAACAUGCGCUUUCUCAAAGACAAGCUACAGGAGGUGGAGGCCAGGAAUGACUUGUCAUACCCAAACUUUGCACAGCUGUACCGGACAUUGAUGUUUGACGCACAGAGGACUAUUAUUGAGCAGCUGGACCUGUCUUUUCCUUUGCGGAACGUGGACCGACCUGAGCUGUGUCAGAUCUCUCUCUACGACUUUCAGAAGUUUCUACAGAUGGAUCAGAAGGAGUCUUGGGCGUCUGACCUAGGUCGCGUGAGAGAGUUUCUGAUGGGAUACUUGAGAGGGGCUCCGACUCCCGAGCCUCUGCUGCAACUGGACGAGUUCUUGACGUUCCUGUUCUCUAAAGAAAACAGUAUCUGUGACCCUCGCCUCUCUCCCCUCAUCCCUGAUGAUAUGAAAAGACCCCUGUCCCAAUACUGGAUAUCCUCAUCUCACAACACCUACCUGACAGGUGACCAGUUUUCUAGUGAGUCAUCCCUGGAAGCCUACGCUCGCUGCCUGAGGAUGGGCUGUCGGUGCAUCGAAUUGGACUGCUGGGAUGGACCUGACGACCUGCCCAUCAUCUAUCACGGACACACCCUCACCUCAAAGAUCAAGUUCCUGGACGUGCUUCAUACCAUCAAAGAACAUGCCUUUGUCACGUCUGAGUACCCGGUCAUCUUGUCCAUAGAGGACCACUGCAGUGUUGUCCAGCAGAGAAACAUGGCGACUCACUUUAAGAAGGUCUUUGGGGACCUGCUGCUCACCAAACCUGUCGACAACAAUGCAGAAGAGCUGCCCUCCCCCUACCAGCUGAGACGCAAGAUCCUCAUAAAGCACAAGAAACUGGUGGAAGGCACAGUGUAUGAGGAAGUGUCCAGCGCGAGUUACUCUGAGAACGACAUCAGCAACUCCUUGAAGAACGGGAUCCUUUACCUGGAAGACCCCAUCGAUCACACGUGGACCCCGCACUAUUUUGUCCUGACCACACACAAGAUCUAUUACUCAGAGGAGACGUCUCACUACCAAACCGCUGAGGAAGAGGAGGAGGAUGAAGGAAAAGAGCAGGAGUGCAACAACAAUGAGCAGCACUGUGCGGAGCGCUGGUUCCAUGGGAAGCUGGGUGGGGGCAGAGACGGGCGACAGGUGGCAGAGAAGCUGCUGCAGGAUUAUUGUGAGGGAGGGGGCAAAGACGGCACCUUCCUGGUCCGAGAGAGUGAGACUUUUGUGGGGGACUACACUCUGUCGUUCUGGCGCUCAGGGCGGGUGCAGCACUGUCGGAUUCACUCUCGUCAGGAGUCGGGCUCUACACGUUUCUACCUGACGGACAACCUGGUGUUUGACACUUUGUACCGCCUCAUCUGCCACUACAGGGACACACCUCUGCGCUGCAACGAGUUUGAGAUGAGGCUCGGAAACCCCGUCCCCCAACCCAACGCCCAUGAGAGCAGAGAGUGGUACCACUCGAGCUUGUCUCGGGUCCAGGCUGAACACAUGCUCAUGCGCGUUCCCAGAGACGGAGCCUUCUUGGUGCGGAAACGCAGUGAACUCAAUUCCUAUGCCAUCUCCUUCAGGGCUGAGGGUAAGAUCAAGCACUGUCGCAUCCAACAGGAGGGCCGCCUCUUUAUGCUCGGCAGUUCAGCUGAGUUUGAGAGUUUGGUGGAUCUAGUGAGCCACUACGAGAAGCAUCCUCUAUACAGGAAAAUGAAACUGCGCUACCCCAUCAAUGAAGACACAUUAGACCGAAUGGGCACCACUGAACUAGAUUACGGAGCUUUGUAUGAAGUUCGAACUCCUCAUUUCUAUGUGGAAGCUAAUACAAUGCCAACAGCCAGGUGUACAGUAAAAGCUCUAUACGACUACAGAGCCCAGCGAGAGGAUGAGCUGUGCUUCCCAAAACAGGCCCUCAUCCUAAAUGUGGAAAAACAGGAAGGCGGCUGGUGGAGAGGAGACUAUGGGGGCAAAAAGCAGCUUUGGUUUCCUGCAAAUUAUGUGGAAGAAGUGUCUAGUUCUCCGACCAGAGAGUUGGAUGAAGCCUCAACAGAAAACAGUCCUCUUGGAACAUUUCUCAAAGGCUUUAUCGAUGUUCCCAGUUGCCAUGUUGUGGUGCAUAAAGAUGGGAAGAACAUGCGUCCAUAUGUCUUCACAAUCCACUCGCAGCACCUGUCUUCUCUCCCGGUGCAGACUCUGGACGUGGCCGCAGACAGCCUGGAGGACCUGAGCAGCUGGGUCAGUCGCAUCCGGGAGGCCGCUCAGAACGCAGACGCUCGGAUGCAGGAGGAAAAACAGAUGGAGAGAAGAAAGAAGAUCGCAGUGGAGCUGUCAGACUUGGUGGUUUACUGCAGACCAGUGCCUUUCAACGAAGACAAGAUCGGAACAGAAAGGGCCUGCUACAGGGACAUGUCGUCAUUCCCGGAGACCAAAGCGGAAAAGUUUGCUACACGUGUACGAGGGAAGCGUUUUCUGCAGUACAACCGCAGACAGCUGUCCAGAGUCUACCCCCGAGGACAGAGACUGGACUCCUCCAACUACGACCCUCUGCCCAUGUGGCUCUGCGGCUCACAGUUGGUGGCUCUCAACUUCCAAACACCAGAUAAGCCCAUGCAGCUGAACCAGUCCCUGUUCAUGCUCAGUGGAGGCUGUGGGUUUGUGCCGCAGUCUGACAUCAUGAGGGACGACGCAUUUGACCCAUUCGACAAGGACACGUUGCAUGUGGAACCCAUCACAAUACAACUGCAGGUGCUGGGGGCUCGUCAUCUGCCUAAAAAUGGGCGUAGUAUUGUGUGCCCCUUUGUGGAGGUGGAGAUCUGUGGAGCCGACUACGACAGCUGCAAGUGCAAGACAGAUGUUGUAGCUGACAACGGCCUGAACCCAGUGUGGCUCCAAAAGCAGUUUGUGUUUGACGUUCAUAAUCCGACCUCCGCCUUCCUCCGCUUCACUGUCUACGAAGAAGACAUGUUUAGUGACCCCAACUUCCUGGCCCAGGCUACUUGCCCUGUGCGCCUCCUCAGAACAGGCUAUCGCAGUGUUUCCCUGAAGAACAGCUACAGUGAGGAGCUGGAGUUGGCCUCACUGCUUGUCCACAUAGAAAUCGUAAACGCAAAGGAGGAGGACGAUGAAAACCUGUACACGUCUAUACAGCGAUUGCGGGAUAGGACCAGUGAGCUGUCCACUCAGGUGUCUCUGCUGGAGCGGUCAGGCUCUGCAGAGGUGGGAUACCAACAGAGUCUGGAGGAGUUGAGAGCCACACAGGACCAGCUCAGUGAACUCAUGGAGGCUCGCAACCGCAGGCUGAUCGAGAAGAAAAGGAGAGAAAAGCUGAGGCAGCAAGUAGCAGCCAAGCGCAGCUAAUCGUCUUGGCCACUAGAGGGCGCUAAAGUCAACGCAAAGCUGCUUGGGUAACUAAGCCGCUGAGAACAGUGUCCCUGGUUCAGUUUCCAGCAGACCUGUCAGAACUGGAAGAAAACUUGUUUUUUCCUCAUAUCAAAAUGUGAACAAAAAAACAAACAAAGCAUCUCAUGGACUAAAAUACCUAAUGUUAAGCUAAUAACAAUCACGGAGGUGGAGACAGGAGGAAGUGGGGACUGUUUUCCAAAGCUCUUUAACUUUUAAGAUAACUUUUUAUAACGUUUUAUAUUUGAAUAAACUGAUGUCAGCUGCACCUUAUCCAAAUGUAUGCGCAGUAGCCUACAGUCCGCUGAUCACAAAGUUGUAAUCAUCAACGUGCUCAAAGUCAAAAAGUGAAGUAAGAUUUUAAUUUCUGCCCACAUUCAUCUUGUAAGUUAUUCAGGUUUUAUUAAGUAGUAAUUGUUUCUAAUGGGCACUUAAGCAUAUUAUAGACAUGUAAAGCUGAACUCAUACUUUUAAAAUUGAUAAUACAUAUUUGAAGCCAGCUGUGACAGGGCUUUUGGGCUCAAAUACAUUUACAGAUAAUAACCUCUGGAGAGGGCUGAAAUAAAGGCUGCUUAUAACUAAUAGACAAGUGAACUGCAGAGUUGAAAGUGCAUAUGACAGGAAUAUGGCCGUCUAAUUGUUACUUUGUAGGUGGGAUUGUACCGUUGGUCAGUUUUAAUCAGUUUCACAUCAGUCAAGUUGGAAAAAAAGUAAAAUUUCCACCUCCUGUAUUUUUUAAGGAAUCCAUCUCUCUACAUAAUAAAUACACAAAAUUCCACCCGAAAUGCAGGGAUUUUGUUCUGACAGUUUAUAAAUCAAUUUCAAAAGGUGCAGUCAUUUAUUUUUAUUUGAGCAACAGUAGCUCAGUUGGUGAAGUGUUUGUCUUCUGAUCCAACGGUCUCAACAUAAACAAACAGCAUCAUUAGAUCCACUGACCCACAGGUUGGCGGUGUGAUUCCAGCUCCCACAGAUGAAUGUUGUUGUGUCCUUGGACAAGACACUUAACCAAACUGGUGAAUGGGUGAGCUGGAAAAGGCCUUUAAAAAAAGGUGACCAUUUACCAUUUUAUCUGUAAAGUAAUAACUAUUGUAUUUGGUCUUUGUUGACUGUGUGGUGUCUAACAGUUAUGGACCGAGUUCUACAUAUGUCACAUUAGCCCAUGUCCAACCAGAAAGCAAAAUUCUAAAUGUGACAGAAAUCGUCAAACAAGGGUUAAACUAGGCACUAAAUCUUGUUAACAAGUUAGACUAUCAAUAAAAUUGAUAGUCUAACUUGUCAUAUGCACUUUACGCCCUCUGCCACAAACACAGCUAACUCAGGUCAACAGCUCAGAGUGAAGAGAGAGGAACGGUGGGCACGUGUAGCAAAGGAAAUCUCAUGUUUGUGCCUUUUGUGAGUGGACUGUAGACACUGCAGGACAAUAACAGCUGAAUAAUGAAGCCAGUAUAAUCCAAUAAACGACUGUCAGAGGGAGCGAGUACUACUUUGGGUUGGACCACUACACGUCAGGUCGGGCUGAAGGUGUAAAGACUGAUCAUGUGUUUUAUUGUGAAUUAAUGAUACACAAGGCCAGCCAAAAGUUUGGACACUCCUCUUCUUCUGUAUGAUUCUGACUCUUCUGGUUCUGCUUAUGAUUCUUCUUAGGACUGUUUUUUUCUCCUUCUUCAUCUUCUUUUGUUUCUAUUUCUUGUGAUUCUUCUUCUUAUAAUUUUUAUUAUGAUUAUUCUAAUGAUUCUUUUUAUGAUUCUUAUAAUUCUUCUUCUUCUGAGGAGGAGGAGUCUUCUUCUUUUGAUUCUUAUGAUUUUUAUUAUGAUUCUUCUAAGGAUUCUUCUUAUGAUUCUUCUUCUUCCUCCUCCUUUUAUGAUUCUUUACAUAGGUUCUCACUGAAGGCAUCAACACUAUGAAUAAACACAUAUGGGAUGUAGUAAACAAAAAUAAACUCAAAAUAACAGAUUUUCAGAUUUUAGAUUUUUAAAAAUAGCCUUUACUCUUCACUUUGACCACUGCUUGGGGCACUUAACCUUUCUUGACCAAAACAUGGCAAACCUUGACGUGAAAACCAUUUUAGGGGAAUUGAUUAUAAAGACCAUUGAGAGAAGGCCAAAGGCUUGCAGCACUGUCCACAAAGCAAAGGAUGGAUACUCUGAGUAUUUGAAUAAAACACAUAAAAAAUUAUAUUUAGUUAACUUUUUUUUUCUUUACUACAUAAUUCCAUAUAUCUUGCUUCAGGUUUUUGAUGUCUUGUGUGUGUAUAUAACAUGCAGAAAGAAAAAAAAAAAAAUACACUGAAAAAGUAGGUAUGUCCAAACUUUUGUCUGCCAGUAAUAACAGUAAUAACUUUUACCUGGGAGAGCACAAACUGGAAGAAUUAUUUAACAAACCCUCACCAAACUACUCAAGAAGGUCUUAAACUACUAGUUCUAAGGGCUCUAAUCUAUACUACCUUCAGAGAGGCAGGGUGGAGAGCGCCCCCUGGCUGUCAGCUGCACAGGGGCUGGGCUGUGGUAAACAUGUGUAACUAUAAGGGCUAUGGGACAACAAGCAAAGCACUUGUUCACCUGCUAACUCUGCGUCAUGUUUCUCUUAACCAGGGCUAGUACCAUCAUCUGAGUUUAAUCAACAGAUGUGGUUCAGCUGGUCUGGGAUCAGCCAAAUACAGGUGCAAAAGACUCACUGCAUGGCUUUACGUGAAAUAAUAAGCAACGUUUUAUAAUAACUACAUCUUAAAUAGCCUUACUAAAGCAUGAAGAAACACAAAAUCACCACAUUUUUAUUAAAGGUUCUAUAUUACACAAAUUAUCUCUUGUGAGUUUUAAGCCAUGUUAUAAUGUUGUUCCCUCCUCAAAAACAUACCUGGAGUUGUGUUUUGUUACAUUCACACAUUUGAAUAACACUUUAUUAUCAGUCUGUCUACAUCUCCAAAGCUCAAAAUGCUCUGCUCCACAUUGUGAUGUCAUGAAAUGAUAGUUUGCAAGUUAGCUUCUAGCUUUUACUAGUGAACGUGUAUGGAGUUUAAAAACACAGUGGAGCACUUCCUGUGACAUGACAUCACAAGGUGGAACAGAGUGUUUUCAGCCUAAAUAUACAGGAUUUGUGUGUUAAACAUGUGUGAAUGAAAGAAAACACAACUCCAGGUCCGUUUGUGAUGAGGAAACCACAUUAGAACAUAGAUCAGAAAAUAGUGUAAUAUGGGCUAUUUAACAAUGAUUUAGGCUUAGUAGAUACUUAAAGGUCCUGUAUCCAUUCAUUUCCCCAGUACUGAUAUAUUGUACAAGCAGCUCUUGAGGUCAAAAUAUGUAAUUAAGAAGCACUUGUGUCUGAUAAUCAGGAGGUGCACAUUAGCAUGCUAGAUGUUGCUUUACAGAUAGAUAGAUAGAUAGAUAGAUAGAUAGAUAGAUAGAUAGAUAGAUAGAUAGAUAGAUAGAUAUACUGUAUUAAUCCCAAAGGAAUUUCAUUUUUUAAAACCGUCAUUAAAAAUAAUAAAAGACAAAAAAAAGUGAAAGUGACAGCAAAGCUCCUCUCCACAUCUCUGGUCUGUGAAAGUUGUGAAAAGUGCUAAUAACUCAUUGCGGUGAGUGAUUAGGAUGCUCAGAAUGUAUAACGUCAGUGAUAAAUAACUUGAACUACUGCAAACUGUUAUAGAUAAGCUGCUAGCCGCCGUGUUCCAAAUAGUAAGUGAUCAUGGGCGCACUUCCGGCUCCAUCAACUGUCGACUCAAUUCACAUUACAUUAGAAGACUGUUGCUGCUCUCUCUGUACCUGCUGCUGCAGGAAGGGGCAUUACUUUCAACAGUUUCACUCCGGACUGGCUCUUUGGUUGCUAUGAUACUCGCGAUCGGAAUCCCAAAUAUGGAAGUCUGCUCCAAAUUAGGCAAGGCAAGUUUACUUGUAUAGCACAAUUCGUACACAAAGUAAUUCAAAGAGCUUUACAGAAUAAGAAAGACAUUAUUAUUAAUUAUUAGCCCCUAUAACUGUUCGAUGAGCUGUGGGUGAUGUCACACUCACUUAGUCCACUUCAUUAUACAGUCUAUGGUUUUAAUUAAGCCUAAAUCAUCCUUAUUACACUAUUAGCUGAUUAUGAAUUAAGUCUUUCUCCAUGUGUUAUUAAGGCGUUAUUAAGGUUAAUUAAGGUGAAGUGAAAGUAUUGCCAAAUAAAAACUCCCCUUCUCUGUAGCUACACCAUGCCCUGUCUAAUUUAUCAUGUACAUAUUUUUAUUUAUCAGACAUGUUCUCCUACAUAAAAAUACAGAUUCAAGUAAAUAUGAUAUUGAAUUCAGAUUAGUGAUGAUUAUGUCUGCGGAUAUCGUGUGUGUAAGCUCCCUUUAAAUGUCCCACUGACUCAAACCUGUAUUUACCUGCACAGUGGAGCAGGGUCUCUAUGCAAAGUUCAUCUCUGGGCCUAAAGCUUUUGUGAAAUAGGCCAAGUUGUGUUUCCUCUGUCUUGAGUGUUCAGUAUUAUUCUUCUGCAUUUCAGACCAGUGCAAGUUUCCAUUUAAUAAAGCUCUUUCAUGU